CUUACACUACAUUUCACCAUUCAUCGAGAUCAUCGAGAUCAUCAGGUGGAUCCACGAUCUACUGCGACAGUUCCUAGGUUAAAAUCGUCGCAAAUAGUAGAAUAAUAAUGUCGUCGCACCAACAUCCUAUGAGUCAUGCGAAAGACUCCGACGGCAUUGCUGCGGCGUUUGAACAUUUGCCCAAAGCUUCUAAAGGGUGGCAAGCCGCGGAAGUAACCAAGACAACGGUGAAAGUAUAUUUCCGGGACCAAGAAAAUAGCGGUGUUGAGAAUAAGCCCUACGGCGGAGUUGGCGGCGGCGCUUCUUCUCCGUGCUGCCAUGCCCACGGCGUGGCGAACAAUAUGCACGGUUGUCCUAAUUGGAAUGGUCCGAAUGGAUAUAUAAUUUCUUGUCCGAAUUGCGGGUAUUUCCCAUUGAGAUUUCCACAGCCGGAGUAUUGGGGGGGCUUUGUGCCUCCGCCGCCGUGGGUAGCUCUUGGAGUUCCAGUUCCAUCAGCACCGCCUUUGCCCGACGAUCAUUACUCUUCUCCGCCUUCGCCUCCACCGCCGGGGACUGACCCACUCUACAUGAUGUUCAAUGACGACAACACUAGAAGUAUCUGCACCAUUAUGUGAGCCAACAUACGCAGUUCUGAUUCAAAUUUGUCCUGUUUUGUAUCCUUGCAAGCAGUGGGUGUAUCAGUAUGUGUUUGAUUUGGGUAGGGUCAAUGUUGAAAAAAUCGCUACGCGCUCUUUAGGUGUUUGGGGCCGCCUAGAGCGCCUAAGCGCGAUUUUUGCAACACUGGGAAGAGUUGAUCGUGUUUGAGUUAAUAAUCACAAGAUUUUAAGUUUAUUCCUCAUGAGAAUGGUCUAUAAACCUUUUUUUUUUUUUUUUGUAUGAGAGUUAUUUGUUGACAUUUUUGUUUGAGUUGAUAAGUUAUGGUCUAGUUUAUCUCCUGUAACUUUUUGUGAGUGAUGGUUCACGUAGAGCCAACUUUCAGUUCU